AUGUCCACAAACAAAGCAGCCUGGCUCCCCACCCCCAAAGCCCGCCCCCUCACUCUAAAAGAAAGCCCCAUCGGAAACCCCUCCCCUAACCAAAUCCUCAUCAAAACUCACGCCCUCGCCAUCCAACCCAUUGACGGCCUCCUCCAAACCUACGCCUUCCUCCCCCUACAAUACCCGACGAUCCUCGGCGUCGACGUCGCGGGCGAAGUCAUCGAAGUCGGCGAUGCGGUCUCCCGCCUGAAGAAAGGCGACCGGGUGAUCGGGACCGCUGGGGGGAUGUUGAAUGGAAUCACCGCGGAGGGCGGGUUUCAGGAGUAUGUUGUUCUGGGCGAGAAUGUGGCGAGUAGGAUUCCGGAUGCGAUGGGGUUUGAGCAGGCGGUGGUGUUGCCGUGUGGGUUGUCUUGUGCGGCGAGUGCAUUCUUCAAGGAGGAGCCUUAUUUGGGGCUGCGAUUGCCUGGUCAUGGAGCUCACGCUGGGGAGAAGGAGACGGUGCUUGUUUGGGGCGGGGCGUCGAGUGUGGGGAGUAAUGCCAUUCAGCUGGCUGUGGCAGCCGGUUACGAGGUUGUCGUCACGGCUUCGGAGCGGAACUUCGCGUAUGUGAAGAGUUUGGGGGCGAGCGGCGUGGUCGAUUACAAGGCUGCGAGUGCAGUGGAGGAUGUGGCGAGGAUGCUGAAGGGGAAGAAGGUUGUGGGAGCGCUGGACUGUAUCGGCGGAGAAGCCACUGAGAUGACAGCGAAGGCCAUGGAGGACGUCGAUGGAGUACGGAAAGUUAUUACGUCGAAGCCACCGAACGAAGCUACGAUAGAGGGUGUUGAGGUUCACUUCGUGGACGGGGCGCAUUUUGGACAGUCGGAUGUUGCGGAGAAGAUUUAUGGCGGAUUCCUGUUCGAUGCGCUGAAUAGUGGCAGCUAUCUGGCUGCUCCUGAGCCGUUAGUCGUGGGAAAGGGAUUGGAGAGUGUGCAGGAAGGCGUCGAUGUUGUGAUGAAAGGCAUGUCUGCGAGGAAAGCGGUUGUACUUCUGUGA